ACCGUUUGGGAGCGUAAACUAGCAACAAGUGGAGGACCGCACACAAUCACAUCUACAGACAACACCACAAGGAUAUCAUAUUAAUAUCAUUAUCAUUCAUUAUGAUUUAGCUCUAAACGAGUACUUACCUCAGACACAUACAUUAUUAGCACUUUAUGUAGCAUAUCACAGAAGAAGUUAAAACUGGAGUAGCACUUCUCCAUAUUUGUGAUUUGUGAAUGAGUGUAGCGAACUGGAGCGACAUGAGUGAUCAGGAUUCAUUUGGGAUUCUGGACUCUGAGUUUGAUCAUUAUCUGGUCGAUAUGAAACCAUAUGUGCUGAAGUUACCACACAAGACAGAGCGUCAGCGGAGCGCGUUGUGGAUUAAGAAGCUGUGUGAUCCGGUGGCUUGUGGAUCAGGACUGACGGGAAGGAAGAACCGUAACAUGUACGCUCGACUCCUUCUGCACAUGCUCAGAAGAGGAGUUUUAGAAGGUCCCUUCACUCACAAACCUGAAGCAGGCAGACUCAAGACUUUACCCACAUACAUGUCCAUCUAUUUCGACGAGCCGCUGUUGGGAAGCUCGGAUCGGGAUCAGAGGUCUUCAGCGCUGCCGGAUUGGGUGUGUGGGGAGUUGGGUCAGACUGACGGCUCAUGGGCCACAUCCCCCCUCUCAAACACACACAGGAACUUGCUCAGCGAUAAGACGCCGGCUAGACCCUUGUCCUCGAGUCCCGUCAAACACGAUAUCAAGGACGAUGCAAAGAUGGCGGAGGCUCACAGGAGGCUCGUCUCCUCUGAUGAUAGUGACUUUGAGGCUCGCUUCAACAGCUGGAACCUGGGGAUAGAAAACCCCAGAUAUCUACGUGAGAACCCUGUCCCUCUGUCUCCAAUCUACAAAUCGAGUCGUGGUAGAAACAGCACUCUUUGUGACGAGGCCUCCCCAGUGAAAGCCGAUAAGGAGGUUGAGCUGAGGACUAAAGUCUUGGAGGCCAAACAUCAGGAGGAUACACUGAGGAUGCAGCAGAAACAUGAUGCCGAGAUCCAGAAGAUUUUGGACCGUAAGAACGGUGAGAUUGAUGAGCUGAAGAGCAUGUAUCGAGGGAAGCAGAAGGAGGCGGAGGAGACGGUUCGGAGGCUGGAGAAGAGAGUUCAAAGCCUGCUGCGAGAGUCCCAGGUCAUCCGACAGACCAAAGAGAAACAGAUCAUCGAGCUGAAGAAAAUGUCUGAUCAAAGUGCUGAAUCUCUGAAAAACGAAUGGGAGAAGAAGUUUCAUGCUGCGGUGGCGGAGAUGGAACAGGAGAAGUCUGAGAUGCAGAAGCAGCACACAGACAACAUCCAGAAGCUGCUGGAGGACACCAACCAACGGCUCGCCAAGAUGGAGGCCGAGUACAGCGGCCAGAACCAGGCCACUGAGCAGAUGGUGCACGAGCUGGAGUCACGGGUUAAGCAGCUCUCCGUGGAAGUGAAGGACGGGAACCUGCUUCGGCAGAAGGUCACACAGGAGAAAGCCCAGUUAGAGAUUCAUAUCGCCUCCAUCAGCGCUGAGCUACAAGAGGCCCACCACAGGGUCGUGUCCCUGCAGACUGAGAUGGAGAGGAUGAGAGACCAGCAUGAGGACUCGCUGCAGAAACUUCAGGCCAGACACAACGCAGACAUGAGCCACUUCCAGCAGGAACACACACUCUCUGCAGCCAAGGCAUCAGAGGGGAUGGAGGAUUUGGAGAAGACUGUGGUUCUCCUGAAACAGCAGAUUCAGGAGACUGAAAACAGGAGACAGAGACAGCUCAGGGACCAAGAGAAUAAGAUGCAGCAAGAGAUAACAGAUCUGCAAAACAGCACUGUCAAAAAGUUGCAGAUGCUUCAGGCCCAGCUGGAGAAGGAACGGGUUGAUAGCAAGAGGAAGAUCAGCAAGAUGGAGGACUCACUCAGGGAUAAAGAUGAGCAGCUGGCUCGUGUUCGGGACAGUCAGAGACAUCAGGCCCAUCAGGCUGAGAAGGCACUGGAGAACUUUAAGAAGCAAGUGGAGCUCAGCUCAGAGAAGACCUAUGCUGACAUGAAGCAACAGAUGGAGAAAGUGGAGUGUGAUCUGAUCCGCUCGAAGUCUCUGCGAGAGCAGCAGUGUAAAGAGUUCGGCUUGCAGAUGGAGGAGUUACAGCGGAGAUGCGAGCAGCAGAUUGUGGAGCUGAAACUGCAGCAUGAACAGGAGCGGACGCACCUACUCCAGGCACACAAUGCCGAGAAGGACAGCCUGGUCCAGGAACACCAGCGGGAAAUCGAUAGUUUGGACAAGCAGGCGAGGGCCGCCAUGGUCCAACAGCAAACGCAAACACAGGACUGGAGGAAGCGCGACGCUCAGACCAUCUCGGAUCUGGAGUCCCAGGUGCGUUCCCUGAGGAAGGAGCUUCUGGCGGCCCACAGUCAGAGGACACAGCAGCUGACAGAGUUGGGUUUACUGCGGGAGGAGGAGCGACAGCGGGCCGCUCACGACCAACAAGCCGCUCUGGACCGCAUGCGGGCCGAGAUGGAUCACGUGCGGCAGGACCUGGAAAAAUCCCACAAGACUGAAAGAGAGCUGGCACAAGAGAAGACCAACAGCAAGCUGAAGCAUCUCGAGAAGGAGUAUAAUCAGAGGCUGGCCAAGUCUGCACAGGUGAUCGCUGAGCUGCAGAUGUCUCUAAAGAACCUGAAAGAAGACAGCCGACAGAUCCAGCAGAGCCUCGAGACACAAAUACAGGAGGAACAGAGCCGCUGGGACCAGGAGAGGACACAGCUCAACAGAGACGCCGGCCAGGCCAACAAGGCCAUUGGUGUGAUUUGUAAAGAUGCAGAUGAAACUGAGCUGAAAGUGUGA